AUGGACAGUAGUAUCUCCCUACCAAAUCCACUUAACAACCACCACCACAAAGCAACCACCGCCACAAACAACAACGACGACAACCAAGUUGGAGAUCCUGAUCUCACUAACAUGAUUGGUCGAGAUCUUAAUUUCCUGAAAGAGACCAUGACAGAGAUUCAGAAGUUUGUAGAUCAUAUGUAUGUGCAAAUCAACCAGGCUUGUGAGAAAUUUGAGGAGCUCAAAACAAGAGGAGGGAGUGAUACUAACGAACUUGACCAACUGAAAAUGUCUGUCAUGAAGUUGAAAUCCCAGAUUCCCUCCAAGCUUAAGAUCCAUUAUGAUGAUGAUUCAAAACGACAUCGGAAACCAUGGUUUGAUGGAUCCAUUAACAGCAGCAGCAGCAACUACCAAGUCAAUGAAAACAAGGCCGGCAAUUUGCACAGUUUGUACAAUCAGCCAAAGUUUGAUCCCACCACUGCACUUGAAGAUAUCCAGGUAUCUUUUCGUAGCCUCCCCCUGAAACUAAAAUCUUGUUUGGAUUUUUUCUUGAUGUUCGCAGAAAUGGCUACUAUAAAGAAAAGGUUUAUCAUUUACUGGUGGAUUGGAGAGGGACUUCUAUCCCCAAUAAGGUUAGUGGACCAAAAUACAGAAGCAGAAAUUGUGUUGGGGAAGACGGCAGAGGAUUUUGUCAACGAGUUGUUGGACGAGCUUACUGAAAAGGGCUUCAUCGAGCCUAUCUACAAAAAUUGUGGCUUGGUCAUCGAUAGCUACAGGAUGCACUCCAACACACGUUCUGCUAUAAAGCAGGUUUGGCAUAGACCAGGGUGUAUUAUGGAUUCAGAUACUCUUGUUCUUCGAUUUCCUCCCGAUUAUAAUCAUCAAUGCUUCCUCAACUUUGGUGAGGCUAUUAUUGAUAGCAGGUUUGAACGGUUUUUCAACCACAAUUAUUUCAGAAUUGUUUACUUGGGAAGGUGGCAGAACUCAGUCACACAUCACAUUGAAGUUGCAGACAUCAAAAUUCUCAAUGCACUCAAGAAUAUGAAACAAUUGAGAUUUCUUAGCCUUCGAGGAAUUUCUUUGAUUAUAGAGCUUCCUCAGUUCAUUUCACAACUAACUAAUCUUAAAAUUCUAGAUCUCAAAGCGUGUCACAAUCUUGAGGUGAUUCCAAAUUGGAUUAGCUUGCUUAAGAAUUUGACACACUUGGACAUAUCUGAGUGUUACCUUUUAGAUCACAUGCCGAACGGGCUUGGUGCACUAUCUGAACUCCAAGUCCUUAAGGGAUUUAUUAUUGGAGAUUCCCUGGACAAAAAGUCGUGUACUAUCAAUGAUUUGACAAAAUUGUCAAAGUUGCGAAAAUUGAGCAUAUCCACAAGUAUGAAAGAAUUUCCCACAUAUCUGCAACUUCAUCAUUUACAAAGAUUAAAAUUCUUACAAAAGUUGAAAAUAUCUUGGUCAGGAUGUAUUUUACGAGGUAAAUCUGAUGAUUCACCUAAGCAAGCACAACUAUUUUCCAAGCAGACAAUAUCGUUAAGAUCAUUCACUGAGAAGCAAGAUCCAGAACUUCCUCCCUCAUUGGAACUUCCUUCAUCGUUGCAAAAACUAGAGCUUGAGUGCUUUCCUAAGAAAGAUACACCCAGUUGGUUGAGGUCUGGCAAUUUGAAGAACUUGAAGAAACUUUACAUCAGAGGAGGACUAUUGUGUAAUCUGGACAAAAUAGUAGCUACCACAGUUGAAAUGUUACAAUUGAAGUACUUGAGUAACUUAGAGAUGCCUUGGAAAGAUAUUACGAUGUUAUUUCCCAAUUUGAUUUACUUGGAGAAAGUAGAAUGUCUUGGCGUCAAUUCUUUCCCAUGUGAUCAGAAUGGUGUUUGGAUGAGGAAAGACAAUGGCGUCGAUGAGAAAUGCGAUGGAAGAAGCUACUGA